AUUGUGAUGUUUCUAGUUUAUGUAAUUGAAUAUAACUGUUUUCAUGUAGGCCUUCAACAAUGCAACUCUACCCCCUUCAGUGCAAGCUACUUUCCCUUACAUAUUUGUUGUUAGCAAGUACUUACAGGCAGGAACUUUUGAUCUUGUGGGUACGAUUAUCUAUGAGAUUGACCAGCAGCCAUUCCAAAGUAUAUUCUAUAACGGUACCAUUGAAGUUGCUGAGGCUGGUGGUUUCCUCAGUGUUGAGUCCGUGUUUCUUGUUACCCUUGGUAUUGCACUUCUUGUUCUCCUUGGUUUGUGGCUUCAUGGUCAAUUUCAGCGUAUCACCAAGAAAACUAAGAGGGCUCCAAAGGUGGAAGUCGGGACUAGGGCUACCGAUGCCUCAAUGGACGAAUGGCUUCAGUUUAUGACUAAUCUUAUACAUCAUCAUCACAUCUCAUUAUUUCCAUUUUAGUUAGCUUUACUUUUCU